AGCUGUAAAAGGUCAUCAUCAUCAUCAUCAUUGUUAUGGCGCCACUUGAAUAAAACAGUAGUCCCCAUCAAAAGUCAAAGAAGAGAGAACCGCCAGAUAUUUCCAAUUGACGAAUAAGAAAACCUCCUUUUCUCAACACCAUUCUCCCUCUUCAUCUUUCAGUCUACAGAACAUCAAAAGCCCAAUACUGUCGAUCACUGCAUUUCGCGAACCGCUGCUUCAGCCUGAAGAAAACUACACAACAACAUCAGAUCAAUAACUCAAACAAUACCAAAAUGUCGUCAAGGAUCCUCGCCCGCACCCUGCGCACCAGCACCACCUCUCCCGCGAUGCUGCGGAGAAGCAUGGCCACGACGCCCCAGCUCAGGCACAAGGAGACGUCCCACCACGACGAGAACCACGGCGAGGACGUGUCCCGUCACAAGGAGGACCUGCUCAAUAAGCAUAAGAACAACUCGGCCAAUUGGAAGUCGGAGCUGGCUUCCAACAGCGAGGAGGCCGUCAAGGCUGACCGCGAUGAGCACGGCAGCAUCAAGGACCUGCAAGAGAAGACAAAGGGCCGGGCGGAGCAGGACAAGAAGGCCUAAACGAGAGGGAAUUUUGAAAUGGUGAAAUGGAGUUGGAAGGGGUUAAUCAUGUUGCGUGUGGAACAAAGAAGUUUCCACGUGGAAAAGGGCAAGGACAACAGAGUAUAUGCCUUGGCCGGAGUUUUUACCUUUUUUGUUGCUAUUAGUAUUGCAUGAUAGUCACGGCGUUCUCAGAUGAGUGAAAAGAAAGGGUUUCAUGGUACAAACGGACACAGGAGAGGCAUUCAGAAGUUAUUUCAUUUGACACAGCUACGUGGCUAAAUUUCAGGUCGACAAUACGGCACUUCACCAUUGAGUAAAAAUGCCCUGGAACAGUGGCUUCUGGCGUGAAAGGUUCCGAUAUCGAGGAAUAAAAAGCACUAAAACCAUGGUGUAUUGGUAUAUCAAACAUAAAGCGAAUGGGGAUAUAUGAAGUCCCACGUCAGUUGCUUCAAAUAAAUACCGGAACCAAUGUCUCGCAUAGUCCGG